CAAUUUACAUGCAAUUGCUAUUAUUAGCUGAGUACAAUAGCGGGUUUUGGACAUGUUACACAACUUUGAAAAACAUUUUCGUUGUGACAUUUCAAACGUCUGACAAUUGCAUGCCGUCAUCACAUCACGACGAUUAGGUUCACCAAGUUACCACAAUGUCGUUGUGCCCCUUUAAAUUUUGUAUUUCAAAUAAGAGUAAAUAAAUUCAUUUUAAACACAAUAUUUACACCAGAAAAAUCAUAAUCUCCAAAUUUGUCGAGAUUGAAUUAAAUCCUUAAGUAUCAUGUUCUUUUUGCAAUUAUGAUCCUGAAACUACAAUUAAUCUUAUCUACAACUGCCCUAUUACUUCUAAGUUUUGGAAUGAUAUUGAGAAUAUUAUACUCACUAAAAAUAUAUGUAUAGACAUUAGAACCAAAUAUAUUGUACCUGUUUUUGAAUCAGAGAAUACUCCACUUGAGCAUGUUACUAAUGUUCUACUGCUCGUGGGAAAGUUCCUUAUCCACAAAGCAAAAGUUAAUAAUUCGUCUCCACUUCUAUUUUUUGUCUGAGCUGGAGUCAUAUGUUCGUGUUUUGGCUCUCGUUUCAGACAAGAAUAGAGCGCGUACAUUGUUAUUUCUAGAAAAGUUCUUUCGUGUGACCUUUGAUCGAAUUUAAAUCAUAUUUGAAUCAUAAGUUUUUAUGUUGCAUUUUCAAAUUUGUGCUUUGAUCUGUUUUACAUGUUCAUUCUAUAAACAGAAAACUUGAAUGUUUGCUAUGUUUCUGCUAAAUAAAGUUUGCAAAAACAAGUUACCACAAUCUCACAAAGACUCCAAAUAUUAGAAACACGUAAAAAAUAAUAAUACAAGGGCAGUCGUUUUUUCAGUGAUUAGCAAAUUUAGAUUUAGUUUCCCCCUCCUCCUCCAGUAAUUGAAGUUGACAUAUACAGUAUAUACUAGGGGUGUAACGAUACAUCGAUACACAUCGAUUAAUCGAUAUAAUGCUCUACGAUUUAUUGGCAUCGAUGCUAAAGGUAAACAUCGAUUUAUAUCGCCGUGUUUGACCUCGGACAUUAGACGCGACUUUAUUUUGAAAUCCAGUUCAUUGUUGCUUGCUUCCUCUUUCCGGGAGCAGUGCGCGCCGCGGCGUUGUUGUGUUGUGAGCAGAGCAGCCACGUGAAAGGGGAGUCGACAACUAGUACGCGGCUCCUGGGCUGGUGCUAUGGCUAGUGUCCAAGAAGACGAGGAAAAUGGCUCCCCUUUAGGCUUCAAGUCAUUCGUUUGGAAGCACUUUGGAUUCCAAAGAAAAGAUGGCUCAACGGACAAGACACGUGCAGUUUGUAAAUCCUGCCAUGCGGUGAUCAAAUAUUCAGGGAGCAAAAAUCUCGCCGCACAUUUAAAGAAAAAACACGACAUCAAAGUUCAGUGUUAAAGUAAGCAAUUUGUAUACUACAAUACUCUUGUAAUUUCCUAAAUAAAGAGUUAGCAGUACCUUGUUGAUUUUGCGUAUGAAUUGUUAUAAAUCAGGAUAUUGUUCUAUAUUUUUUAUUUAAAAAAAAUAUAUAUCGAUCGUAGAGCACUAUAUCGCGAUUAAUCGUGAAUGAAUCGCAGCAGGCUUUAAGAUAUCGGCAAAUAUCGUAUCGUAGUUCUUUAUAUCGAUAUUAUAUCGUAUCGUGGCAAAACCCGCGAUUUACACCCCUAGUAUAUACUACAUACUAUAACAUAAUGCAGGGGUCCCCAAACCCCGGUCACUUGGUACCGGGCUGCCAAGCCAGACAGAAUUUUUUUUUUUUUAUCGACGAUCAAUAAUUCAGGUCAAGACGCUCGUCCCGGUCACGUGACAUGUUUCCCCAGUCCAGCCCGCAAAGCUAGCAAAAAUGAGUACGAAUUUAUUUUGAAAAAUAUAAAAAAAUUGGGGAUUCUCUCCCAAUUACAUCCGUCGGUUCAGGUCAAGACGCUCGUCUCGGUCACGUGACAUGUCACCUCAGUCGAGCCCGCGAAGGAAGCAAAUAUGAGCAAGAAACAGAUGUUUGGAAAGCUUCUUCGAAAACGGAAAAAAGCCCAAUGAGUAGACGGAAAAAGAAGAGGCUAUGACUUCUAAGAAAAGGAAAGCUGCAUUUAAAAGAACAUUUCUGGAGUCCUACUUAAAAUACGGAUUUAUCGCCACAGGUGAGUCUGACGCGCCAAGCCCACUCUGCAUAAUAUGUGGCGACAGGCUAGCUAACAAGGCAAUGAAGCCUUCAAAACUGCUUCGGCACAUGGAGACCAAGGAUCCUGCAUUAAAAGACAAACCUUAACCACUUCGGGUGUCAUUGUCUCCGAUUACGCCUAGAUGGGACCGGCUCGUUUCUGAGAAACAAGCUCAGUGCUCCCACUAAUUCAACAUAAUGGUGAGUUUUAUUUUUAUGUCGUUUAUACUUGGUUUUAUGCCGUAUCAUUUUAUUUCAUCGUAUCUAUAUAAACUAUAAAUGUAUUAUUUAUUGAUAUUAAUGUAUUAUUUAUUUAUAUAAAGGCCAAUCUGCGGAAAUAUUUCUGACACGUAACCGGUCUGUGGCGCAAAAAAGGUUGGGGACAAGACAUAACGUACACUCACGCUGACAUUCUUGCAAACAGAAAGCGACUCAAAAGAGCAUUGCAGUUUUCUCAUUGGAGGCCGUUCGAUGGUUGGAUGUUAGGAUGAUUAAACAAACGAAAAGAAACAUUUGCUUGACGUUUAGGCCACCUGAGUGACAAAGAGGAGGAGGACCAAGAAGAUGUUCAGGCAGGCGAAGAAAGUAGGCGGGGUGGCGGAGCUACCGCAGCGAUGGGAUCGAGCCAAACAAGAGGAAGUGGAGAGGAAGAGGGAGGAGCUUCUCACACUCUUCCUCACGGUCAAAGUUCAUCGGGAGGAGCAAAACUCGUGUGUCAAUCGGGCGAAGUUGGACCAGGCCUGGCGCGUCAUCCUGCAGCGGGCGCGCUCAGAACAGCUGCGCCAUGACAUCAUCGUCUUGAGACAGACGUUAGAACGACAGCUGGAUGGCCUGGACGAUAUCAUCAAGGUCCUGUCAGGUGACCUGGAGGAGGCGGAGCGUCAGUGUUGCCGCGUGCGUCGCCUUCACCUUCAUCACGCCGAGCGUUUGCGGACUUUGCUGGAAGAGCGCGUGGCGUCUGUGCGGAUCCACUGGGAGCAAAACAUGCAAUACAUUGAUCAAGGUUUCGCAGAAGACAGUAACAACAUGGCAGUGGAGUCCCAACAUCAGCGUCGGAGCUUAGAGGAUGCAGCGCUGACGUCGCGGCGGCAUGAUGAUGUCAUGCGCCAAGUGCACGCGGUGUACGGCGACAUUAUGGCAGCCCAGCGCGACGCUCAGUGUGAGCGGGUGUCGGCGCUAUGCCGCGCCGACGAGAAGAUGGAGGAGAAACGACAUCAGAAGCAGGAACUGGAAGAGGUGAAACAGAAAGUGGAGCAGGCGUGCCGCCCGGCCCAACUUCUGAUGUCCAGAAACCUGAUGAAUGACACCGGCAAGGACGUGACGAGAGUGCGCAGGCUGCAGGUGACACGCUGGCGAGCGUUUAGCAGCCAGGGGGCGUCACCUCAAUCACAUAACCCUCACCUUCAGGUCGCCGUCAGCAGCCUAUGCGCCCAGCUAAGCGCCUUCCAGACAGAAACGACGUCCGACGCGGAAGCGCUGAUGUUGGCGAGCACUGAGGUGGCGGCCAUGGCGACACGUCUUGGCCGCCACCUGACCGAAGCCCGCCGGGCAUCCGGGAAACGUCUCUCCGUGCUGGCGCUCCAGACAGACGCCGCUGCGCACAAGCUGAGGGCGCUAGUCGACAAGGGUGAGAAAGUUCUGUUGGCCACAUCCUUGUGUAGCCAGCUCGAACUCGCAACGACUUGGUGGCCAAGCAACGGCAAAGACGACGAGCAUCCAACAAAGACACGACCGACCGAGACGUUCCCGGAAUGUUACCAGAUGAGUCGCCUUCUCAACUGGGACCUGCUGCAGCAAGAAGCGCUGGCCAAACGCUCGGAGGAUCUGCGUCGUAACAACCGUCGGCUCAGGCUUCUGCUACGCCGCUGUCUGCACGGCGCGGUGCUCGGAGGAGGCCCCGCACACGUCGCCAUUGAAGCAGCGCCCGUCGCGCGCGCAAACCCAGUCGGGACGUCGCGCCAUAACAUCAUCGAGGCAAACGCCGUCGUCAGAAACUCACUUACCUAACAAGGACACCCGCGGCCACGAAGCGGACUUUUACUUUGGAGGCGCCACAUGCCACGGAGCUCCUGAGCGCCACUCGUUCUUUCUGAAACAAAUUGCUCCAAAUGUUGCACUCUGCGAUUGGUUCGGAGCGUUCGGCGCACUUCCGUAGUCUGACAAGCGCUAAACUGCUACUGUAUAAAAAAUGCAUCAAUAUGUCUUAAAAAUGUUGGGUAGCGAUGAAUAUUGUGACAUUGGUGGCGAUUUUGGUGACUUUUGACAUUUGUUUAAUUUUCGAUAGCAAAUAGUUUAGGGUUCUCAAAUCAUGAGUUGUGUGUGCUCCUUUGCAAUUGUUAAGUUUGUCCACUAGAAAUCAGUGUUUACCAGGCCUCAGACACUUCGAACCAUUUGACACAAUGCUUCAGACGGCUCCAUUCGCCCAAUGUCGUUACUUCCCGACAAUGAAAUCAAACGCAAGUUGGAAGACUAGAAAAAAUACUUUUAUUGUAAUCAUGCAGCACACCGACAAGAAGUAACACGUCGCGUGAUAAAUGUCAGCUGCUCACCACACCAUCAAUCACUUAAUUAAAAAAUAAAGAGAGCCAUUCAGCGCAGGCUCCAGGAGGCCUCUGGUUGGACGGUUUCUCCUGGAGUCUCGACUUCCUUAAUGUAGAUAUUGAAGCCUAUGAGAAAACGUGAGAACGACAGCAGUGAGCGAAGUGGCGUGGAUCUGCUGCUUCCCAGCAGAUGCUAUGUGAUCAACCAAUCAAGGAGGUGACUUGUUUGAAAAAUAAAAAUGAAUAAUAUCGAUGAGUUGUCAGUCGUUUCCUUGACUUUGAGCUCAUUGCAGUUAUCAUGCCGUCAUCUCAAGAAUUCAGGGACAGGAGGUAGAGGAGCAAAGACUCGAAAGCCCGCCAAAACAUCCUGACUGAAUGGAGAUUUCUGAUUGGCCGGCUGCUGCUUAGGUCUGAAAUCCAAAAUAAAUCGGGUCCAACCAGGACCAGUCGUUACGUUUCUAUGGCUGUCACACUGACUGGCCAGUGAAUUGAGACAUCAAAUUGGCUCGCUGGGAUCCACAUGACAUCUGCCCUGAGUCCCGUCAUUUUCGAUCACGACCAAUCUGAAUCGUUAUUUCAGAAACUGGAAGUUGAGGUGUCGGGGCAAGAGGGAUCCUUGUUUGAUUUUAAAAUAUCAAAAAAAAAAACAUCGGCGACUGAAUGGACAUAUCCGAUUGACCGGC